AUGAGAAGGACGAAGAGUGCACAACUGAUUGAAUAUAGGGUCGUCUACGCACUCAUUAUAAUCAACAAAGCAGGCGGUCUAGUUUACCAGCGCGACUUCACCGAAGGUCUCAACAAGCUCUCUGUAAACGACUACCUCGUCCUAGCCGGUACAUUUCACGGAGUCCACGCCAUAACCACCCGCCUCAACCCGCUCCAACCCCCUAACGAAGCCCCCUCUGGUAUCGAAGUCCUGGAAACCGAACACUUCCGCCUGCAAUGCUUUCAAACGCUCACCGGCACCAAGUUCCUCUUGUUCACGGAGCCUUUCCAGCCGAACACGGAUAAGAUCGUGGCGAGGAUAUAUGAGCUCUAUGCUGAUUAUGUGAUGAAGAAUCCGUUCUAUAGUCUGGAGAUGCCAAUUAGGAGUGAGGGGUGGGAGAGGAGGUUGGUGCGGGAGAUGAGGGUACUUAAUUCGCGGUGA